GAAGAACAACCUUAGCCAACAUGAAGCUUUCGACGACGUCGAGAAGUCCCUAGAUGUUGUCGAUCCUCCCUCUAAAUUCUUUGACGACGAUGGCCGUCUUAAACGAACUGGCACAGUGUGGACGGCGAGUUCACACAUAAUAACGGCGGUGAUAGGAUCGGGUGUGCUAUCCUUAGCGUGGGCAGUCGCUCAGCUGGGCUGGAUCGCUGGUCCUUUCGUCAUGUUGCUGUUCGCCUUUGUCGUUCUCUAUACUUCUUCCAUGCUUUGUGAUUGUUAUCGUCUGCACGACGCCGUUUCCGGCAAGAGGAACUACACCUACAUGGACGCUGUUUCUUCCAUUCUAGGUGGAGUUCAUGUGAAGUUGUGUGGGACAUUUCAGUAUCUGAGUCUCGUGGGAGUCGCAAUAGGAUACACUAUCGCUGCUUCCAUCAGCAUGAUGGCAAUCAAAAGGUCGAAUUGUUUCCAUGAAAAGGCGAGAGGAAAGGGAUGCAACGUCUCAAGCAAUCCGUACAUGAUAGGUUUUGGGGUAAUUGAGGUAUUUCUGUCCCAAAUCCCAGACUUUGAUCAGAUCUGGUGGCUCUCUACCGUUGCUGCUAUCAUGUCUUUUACCUACUCCACCAUUGGCCUCUCCCUUGGAAUCGCUAAAGUUGCGGAAAGUGGUAAAAUUAAGGGCAGCCUCACAGGAAUAAGCAAUGGAUCAGGAACUACUGUGACUCAAGCCCAAAAAAUAUGGAGGAGUUCACAAGCUCUUGGCGAUAUAGCCUUUGCUUACUCAUUCUCUGUUGUGCUCAUUGAAAUUCAGGACACCAUAAAGUCACCACCAUCAGAAGCAAAGACAAUGAAGAAAGCAACAAAGAUAAGUACAGCAGCGACCACAAUCUUCUGCAUGCUGUGUGGCUGCAUGGGCUACGCUGCUCUCGGAGACAACUCACCUCCCAAUCUCCUCACUGACUUGGCCUUCUCCAACCCCUUCUGGCUUCUUGACAUUGCCAACGCCGCCAUAGCUGUUCACCUCAUCGGAGCUUACCAAGUUUUCUCUCAACCCAUCUUCGCCUUCAUCGACAAACAAGCCUCACAGAGAUUUCCCAGAAGCAAGCUCUUGAACAAAGAAUUCAAAGUCCCCUCACCAAUUCUUGGUUUUAAUGCUCACUAUAGUCUGAGUUUGUUCAGGUUGGUUUCAAGGACGUGUUACGUGGUAGUCACCACAUUGGUGUCCAUGUUGCUUCCAUUCUUCAAUGAUGUGAUGGGGAUCAUCGGGGCAUUAGGGUUUUGGCCUCUGAACGUGUAUUUUCCGGUGGAAAUGUAUAUUAAACAGAAGAAGAUACAAAAAUGGAGUGGCAAGUGGGUUUGCCUUCAAGUGCUAAGCAUGGCGUGUCUCGUGGUCUCCAUUGCAGCUAUUUUUGGAUCAUUCGCUGGUGUUUUUCUUGACCUCAAGAAGUCUAAGCCAUUUCGCUAAUCAAAUUAUAUAUGGGUCAUCUAAUUUAAUUUGUAUUGAGUUUUUUUAUAUGACUCUUUAAUCGGAUUAAAUUGGAGUAUUAUCAUAUCCAAUUGAGAUUAUCUCUCCCAAAAGUAUUAUGUAUUAUAAUUAAGCAGAUCGAAUAAGUUGGCCAAGAGAUCAUAACUCUCUUGUGCCAUUUUCUUAUAACCAACCGCUUGUAACUUGUUGCAUUCAUAUAUGCCCCUCAUCUUCUUCUUCUUCUUUUUUUUUGAAUGAAA